CAACUGGGGCCGCUUCCACUGGGACUGCGGGAGGGGAGCCUGGCGUCCUGCGGGGAGCCCGCCCCCUCUCGCAAGCCGCGCGCCUGGGCGUGGGUCCGCAAGGCAUCCUACCGCCCGGGCGCAGGAGAGCGGAGGGGAAGGCGCAGCGCCUGCGAGGAAGGGAGCGGGGGUUGGCUCUCAGUGGUGCGCUCCUCCUCCUCCUCCUCCCUACCCCCCUCCGUCCGAGCAAUGGUGCGAUCCGGUGCCGGCGUUCCCGAGGGCUCUUUAGACGCGCGCCCGGGGAAAUGAGCUCGGCUGCGGGAGCGCGAGUUGCGGGGAGGUGGCCGAGGCGCUGCGGAGACGGGAUCGUGGCCAUGGCCGGCGAAGCUUGCAGUCGCAGCAUCCACUCGGACAACAUCGCCGCCGUCCACGACGUGCCCGUGCGGGUGCUCAUCCGACCCCUGCCCCCCGUCCUGGAGGAGAGCAAAGUGCAGAGCCUCAUGCGGACCAUCGAGGAGGAAGCUGACCAGGUGCCCCCAAUAGAUGUCCUCUGGGUCAAAGGCCGCGAAGGGGGCGACUACUUCUACUCCUUUGGAGGGUGCCACCGGUACGCAGCCUACAAGUGCUUGAACAAGGAGACCAUCCCAGCUAAAAUCAUCCGGUCGACCAUCAGCGACUUGCGCACGUACCUCGGCUCCUCCCUGCCUGACUUGCGGUAGGGGUUGCUCUUGUAGCCAAGGGGCCGCCUUGGGCCAGCAGGACACCAUGUGCUUCCCCAGAGGCCUGGGAGGACCACUCUGCUUCCUUCUGGACCUUUCGUGGACUUCUUGGCUGAGUUCGUAUCUUCUGCAUCCCUUGCUUCCCUCCAGGACUGCUGGGGCUAUGAAAGCCACAGGCCUGGCUUUGGGCAGAGAGAGUCCCGGUCACCCAGCAGUCUCUCUCCUGGGUCAUGGUGUGCCUCUUAGCUUGCUCUUGGACCGAGAUCUGAUAUUGUUGUCGUUAUGUGCCUUCAAGUUGGUCACGACUUACGGCGACCCUAUGAAUCAGCGACCUCCAAUAGCAUCUGUUGUGAACCACCCUGUUCAGAUCUUGUAAGUGCAGGUCUGUGGCUUCCUUUAGGGAAUCGAUCCAUAAUCUGAUAUAGGAAGGCAGAAGGGAUUGUCUUGGUCCAAAAUACCACAGUGUUUGCCAGCAGGGCUUAAUGCUGAAGGUUUGGGCAUUAAAAUGGGGGGCACGGGUUGUCUGAUAGGUCCACAAGACGUUUAUUGCCUGCAGAAAGGGGGGAGCCAUGAAGAUGGGGAAAUGGCUUCCCUCACAUAUUUGCCCUUGGUGCUGGGUCUUCUCUAGGCCAAAAGAUAGAAGGGAAGAUGUUACUGUCUUGCCCCUCAUGAUGGCCACAUUCUGGGUGACUGUAGGCAGGACUGGCCCUGACCAGCCCUGAUGUCUGACAGAGAGAGCUGGCCACCUCUGGCAGCAGGUGGGAGGGAGCAACAACAGUCAUAGGACGGAGUUGUGCGCACCCCAUAGUCUGCAAACAACCAAAGUAACAAAGACGGGAAUAACUAAACAAAAGUAAGGAAUGUAGAUAUUACAAACAUGAACGCGCACAGCACAUGUUCUUUAUUACAACUGAAUAAAUACCACAUACGAUUCAACAUUUAAAAGGCCAAUUUUAAUAUGCUGUGUUACAAUAUUAGCCAAAUGGGUUUUGAGAUGGAGCACAGCCUUCUCCAGCCUGGUGACCUUGGGAUGUUUUGGACUGCAGUUCCCAUCAGCCCCAGCCAGUAUGGUCAGUAGUGAGGGAUGAUGGGAGUUAGAGUCCAAAACACCAGGCUAGCAAAGGCUCACAUGGAGUCUUCAGCAGCAGCUUGGUUUAUAUUAUUUAAAACAUGAGAGGUUCAAAAGGCUUUGACUUCUAGUAUACAGGGGUGUGGUCGUCCGGGGUCUUUUUUAGGAGCAGGGUCCCUGUGUCUCCAGCAUCCUACAAGUCAAACAGCAUGAAAAGGGUGUGUGUUGGCCACUGAGAAGAGUCUUCUAACAUGCUUCCUUGUCCUUUCCUGCUGAUUGUAGCCAAUCAGAGUGAAAGAGGUGAGUCAGCUAUUGAGAAGACUCUCCUGAGUAGCUAACACACUCCCCUUUCAUGCUUAUUGGCUCCUAGGGACAUCUGUUGUUGUGGGAGAGGGCAGUAACAAGGACCUCAUUCUCAACCCAGCAGCAAAAAAAAAAAUAAGGAUGGGAGGGGACAUGGCUGUGACUGUCAUGAAGGGACCCUGCACUUCUGAAUUUGCCACAACGCUACUGCUAGUAUAUAUGCUGCUUCAAGAACAGGACAAAACUGUCCACUUCAAAGCUUCAGUAUGCACCAGAAUUCCUGAUUAAACAAUUAUUGUUUGCUGUAUCAAUAAAGAUUUUCCUUAGUA